GCUAAAAUAAAAUCAAGGUGAACUCUGGAAUUGGGGGUCCAGCCAGUGAAGAAUGGGCAAGCCGACAAUGGAGAGGACAAUUCUUGAAUCCUGAUGAUAAGAGUUUCAACGAGCUGCUUCCGAAUAUUUCCAUGGAUAAAAGCAAUUAGCAUGAUCCGCAGAAACAGUUAGGUCAACCUGCAGAUUUAAUGGAAGAGUCGGGGAUAAAUCAAAGUCAAGGCAAUCAGACUGCUGCAGCAACGCAGUUGUUGGCAACUGCCACUGGGGAUCCUGAUUCACAAAGAGACAUUGGAGAAGAUAGUGAUGAAGCACGGCGUGACAAAAAGAGAAAGAACGAUAAAAGAUACAGAGACAAACAAAGGGAUAAAAGGCAGGCACUGGAGGGUGAAAAUGAUCGAUUAAAGCAAGAAAUUCAGGAAAAAGAUAAACAGGAGCAGCUGAUGAAGUCCAAGCUUGAGGUAGUUGAGGCUGAAAAUGCGAGAUUGAAGUGUGAAUUAGAAGAAAAGAAACAGCUAACCAAGUCGUUGCUGGAUGUGAUUGGGGUUGUAAAUCAACAACAAAUAUCUACUACUGAUAUGCAGCCACUUCUGACCCAAAUUAAACUGGUAGUGGAUGGAUUUGUCUCUUUGAAUCGAACGGUGGCUGAGCUUCAACAAACUGUUACUCAACAUGCACAGCCAUGGCGGCCACAGCGCAAUAUAUUGAUAAAUCAAUGCUCUCAGCCUGCUGCGACAACACUGCCUCUGACUCAGCCCGCUGGCACAAGUAGAAUGCAGCAAACAUCUCAGUCCUCGCCGGCAACGUUCACUGAAAAUUUUCAUGGAUUGCCAGAUUUCUUGCUGCAGGAACAAUUAGGCCAAACUGCACAAACAAUCAAUGUGUCACCAGAGUUCGGUUUACCUCAGGGGCAAGGCGGAAACACUGCAGUCGAAUCGCAGCCAUUCACACAGGGACCAUCUGAUCAAGAUGCUGACUUAGAUGAAUUUUUCUCAUCCUUCUAUGAACCAGAAGAUCAAACUUUCCACGUCGAGUUUUGUUCAUAUAAUGCUAGUAUAGUUGAAGGAAAGGGAAGAAAAGGUGCACUUGUACGCGGUCAGAAAAGUAGCACAAAGCAGACUAUCCUUUCGGCUUUUAUUAAAGCAUUCCGUAUGCUUGCUGCAUCACUCGUGGCUGAAAAUGAUCCAUUAAAGCCUGAAAUUCAAAAAAAACAAGAGCCAUGUCACGAGGACCAGCAGAUGAAGUCCAACAUAGAGGCAUUUGAAGCUGAAAAUAAGAGUUUGAAGCGUGAAAUUAAAGAAAAAGAACGACGAAUGAAGCUUAAUCUAAAGGCGUUUUUGGUUGAUUAUAGGAUAGUUAAGAAUCAAAUUGAAGCAAAGGGAAUCAAAAUAUGGGAGUUUGUGUAUAAAAAUGCGCGAGUGGAGCAUGAAAUUAAAGAAAAGGAAAGGCUUAUGAAGUCCAAUAUGGAGGCAUUUGAGGCAAAAAAUGGCCAAUUGAAGCUUGAAAUUGGAGAAAAGGAACAGAAGUCCAAUCUGAAGGCAUUUAAGGCGCAAAAUAAGAGAUUGAAGCGUAAAAUAGAAGAAAAUAAGCAGCGAAUGAAGUCCAAUCUGAAGGCACUUGAGGCUAAAAAAGGGAAACUGGAACAUGAAAUUCAGGCAAAAGAGCAACUAAUGAAGUCCAAUUUGGAGAGACUUGACGCCCAGAUUAGACAGCUAGUUGAUGAAUUUGAAUCUCUAAAUGUAGCCAAUGUUAUGGAAACAAAUCCUGUCAACACAGCUCGUGAAUCUGCCUCGUGAAUCUGCACUAAUUACAGCAAAUAUAAUCAGCAUUAUAUGCAGGAUAUCAAUCACACUUAUUUGUAUUUAUUUUCUAUUAUUGUAUAUCUUUAAUUUCCAUAAAUAAUUGCAGACCUUGUGUAUAUAGGAUACUCAAUUCUAUGAAUAAAAUAUAUCAGUUUCA